AUGUUGUAUGAGUUAGCGAGAGUGUGUGCAUGCCUUAGUGUAAUAGAGUUGCUGUGUGCGGAAAAAAAGGAACUACAGCCAACUUCACUUUAGUUAGAUUUUUGAACGCCAUAGCGAACUGUCAUUGCGACAACUACGCAUAAAUCCGCAAAACGUGAUUCAACAGCAACGAGCAACGUGUGCCGCCGUUUCGUUUGUGUCUUUUUUUCUACGCGAUAGAAAUCUAGAGUCUAGUAGCACAGAAACCAUCCAAAAAGUUUACAAUAAUUGUAGCAAAAGAAACAAAUUUUUGAGAAACCAAAAAAUAAAAAAAAAAAAAACAAAUUCAAGUGUAAAAAUUUGCCAGACACCGCCCUCUUUGGUAAUUUUAUAGCCACAAAUAAAUCAAGCGCUAAAUUUAAACAAAAAGAAAACCUCGAGCAUAUCUUCUGAAACUCAAACCAAAAAAAGAAAAAAAAAAAACAAACAAAAAUAAAAUAUAUCCUCCAACAACACCUGGCUAAAGCUGCAUCAUAAAAUAUAUCAAAGCGUAACGUUUCCUGCUUAAUCUCCCUUCGGCUGCCUUUCUCUCUCUCACUCGGUCAACAACAGCAACUUGUGGUUUAAAAAUAUAUCUCAAUACAACAACAAUAACAAACAAGUGUUCGCCGCCGCCCUCCCUUUGGAAAAACGUGUGAUUUAACCAUCAUCAGUGGCAACAAAUCUCCCCUUUGGCAUUUUUUGGUCCAGCAGUGAGAUUCCCGUAAAUCACGUUCAAUAUCCUCCAAAUACCAAUCUAGCUGCCUAGCUAUCUGUCUGUGUGCGUGCGUUCGUUCGUUCUCUCCCCGUGAAGCAGUAAAAAAAGAAAUCCUUAGUCAUCAUGUUGAUUGGAUUAGUACGCGACUCUGUUAUGCAGUGCUUCUGCCAUACAUGCCGGGCACCCAUACUCCCAGCUGUAUCAAGGAGACAAGCACCAAUUAAAAAAGCUAACAAAAUACGCUCAAAACAACCAAGGUUAUCGAAGAAAGUUAAAUUCAUAACCACUGAGAUUCGCUGCCAGGAAAAGUCACGCGGCGGUUUGAGUUACGAGGUAAUUCUGGCUGAGCCAGCACCCAAUGUAACCAUUCCCAAGAAGCCAGUAACACCUGGCAAAAAUGUCUCAGCCGAAGAAAUUGAGCAGAAAUUGAAGGCCGCUGAAGAAAGACGUAUUUCUUUGGAACAAAAGAAAAUGGCCGAUUUAACUUACAAAUUGGCCAAGAUUGAAGAAGCCACACGCAAAAAGGAUGAGAUCACCAAUGAGUUCAUCAAUCAAACCAAGGAACAAUUGGAAUCGAAAAUGGAACAGCAUGUUGAGAAGCGUGAAGCCAUUAUUAGUGAUUUGAAAGAAAAAUUGAAGAUUCACUCUCAAGAAAUCGAAAAGACUCGCGAACAAUUGGAACAACAAAAAUACAUUGAAAAAAUUGCCAUUGAAGAAAAACUCAAGACCGCUCAAACUUUGCGCGAUGAAAAUAUCAAGAAAAUGUUGGAACGCCUAAAGGAACAUAACACUGUCAAAAUUGCCGAAAUCAAAAAUCAAAUUGAUCAAUUGGAAUCACAAAAAAUCGAGGAGAAGGCCCGCAUUAUUGAAAAUAAAUUAUUUACCGCUGAACAAAAUCGUGAAAAGGAGUUACAAAAGAAAAUUGAAAAAGUUCAAAAGCUCGAGCGCCGAGCUGAGUUGGUACGUCAAAACAAGGCCGCAGCCCAACAGCCAUUGAGCGAAGAUAAUGCAGCACCCAUUGCCUCAUCUGGCUAGAAGACUACAAUAGCAGCGGCAGCAUCAGCAUCAGCAACAACAACGGCAACUAAUUAAUAAAGAAAAAACUACUCAAAUGAAGAAGAAAGUAACGAAGAAUGAAUAAUAAAUUAAAAAAACAAUAAAACUAACACAGCACUAUAAGAGAAAAAACUGCGCUUCAAAUAAUAACAACUUCAACAACAACUUCAAAAUUUAGAGAAGUUUUUGGAAAAUCAAAAUGAUUUUCCAAAGCAAAAACAACACAAUAAAAACAAAAUAAGUUUUCAAAAAUCAUUAACUGCUAAAAAACAAAACAAAGAAA